GAAGAAGAAGAAAAGACAACUCCUACUGAAACCAAGGAGGAAGAAGAAGAAGUAGAAGUGUACAAAAAGAAGACAAGUACUGGUUCUAGAAAGGGCAUCCGUAAGGCUGUUGCUCCUCUCUCUUCCGAAGAAAAGAAGGAAAAGGAAAUCAAGGCACGCAAAGAAUCAGUAGAAGCCAGAAAGAAGAGAAAGGUUGAAAAGACCGUAAAGAAGAAGCACAGUGUUGUUGAAAUUGAAAAUUUAUGGCAAGGAUGGAAGGAAGUUUUCCUCGUUGGUACUGAGUGGAAUUGUUAUGAUUUAGUUUAUAAUGUGGAUUGGGAUUUUGAACAUCUUCAUGAUUUUUUAUUCUAUGAUGAGGAUAGUGCAACAAUUAGAAAACAAUGUUUUGUCUUUGGAUGUACUGAACCACAACUUAUUGAUAAUGAAAUGGUCUACAUUCCAGCUCUUGUUGCCGUUGUUAGUGAUCUUGCUCCACCAACCACUAUCGGUAUUAAAUCCGUUCAAAUGGUAAAUGAAGAAAUUGUGGAUAUGAAGAAGCUUAAAAUGUCUUGGGUUCCAUUCAUUCCAAGAGAAGAUAAGAGUCAAAAUAUUGGACAAUCCAAUAUUCCAAAAGUCUUUGCUUUGCAUUGCAACUUGAGAAGAAAUUUGCUUUCCAAGAUGAAGGAAGAAGAUGUCAGAAAGUAUGAAUACUGUCUGCCAUAUUGUUUCAGACCAAAUCGUGUAGUUGAAGAAAUCAAGAAAGAUAAUGAAGGAGCUAUUGAACUCUUAUACGUUCUUGACAAGUCUGGUAGUGUUCAAUUCAGUUUUGAUCCAAAAGAAGAUGACAUUGAUACAAUUAUUGAAGAAGUUUGUGAAGACAAUGAUUUGGAUGCUGAUGUUUACAGUGCAAAAUUAAAGACCUUCAUUAAGGAUGAAGUCAAGAAACACAAGGAAACUGUCCAAAAGAAAGUCGAAGCCAAGGAAGAGGAAAUCAGCAAAUUGAGCGAAGAGCAAAGAAAAUCUUUGAAUGAAAUGAAGGUCUACAAAUUCUAUCCAAAGAAUACCAAACCAGAUUUGUCAUCAUUCAAGGUUGCCUAUGUUAAUAGAUAUUACGGAAAGGCU